AUGAUUGCAGCACAGGAACUGCUACAAACAUGCUCGAGGACUUCAGGCAGUAGUCAGGCUGCGAUGGACGCGCGAAUUUCUGCUGUGAGUACGUUCAAGAGCGACAUCAAGCGUCAAGCUGUUGACUUGAAUGAGGUACCUAUUUAUUUCGACGCACUCAUGGAUGCCUACGACUUCAAAGAUCCGCAUCUCCACGCUGUUACAUUUUCCGCAAUUUGCUACUUGACGCGCCGCGUUCUCAUUCUUAACGAAUCGACUUUGCAACCGCAGGUGCCUAUUGUGCUGCCCCUGUUCAUUGACAAUUUUGCCCACGAUCCCGCAAAUGAAAACGCGUCCAAACUUGCAAUUCGCACGUUUGAGGAUGUAUGGCUUGCUUUCGCUCCAGAAACCGAGCAGGCUCUUCGAGAAAACGGCCUAUCUCAUUCUAGGGCGAAUGUCAGGGCUGCCUCACUACGAUUAUUGUCUCAGUACAUUGAAAAAUCUGCCAAAUUCUCGUUCCGGAAGUUCACACCUUCAGUUACAAGACUAUUGAAUGAUUCAAAUGCUGAAGUGCAAGAAUGUGCACGGGACCUGAUCGUUCAGUUUUUUUCUGCCACCAUCCCUCGAGCCAAGGAUGAUCUUAAAAAGGAAAUGACAAAACAGAAAAUCCCGCAGAGUAUUGCCAAUGAUAUUUCUGCUGCAAUUGGAUUAGAACCAAGACCCUCAUCGCGCCAGGUGGCUCUCACACCUGUACCCAACAAAACUGCCCCCAGUCCUAUCACAGGUAAAAGUACUUCCACAAUUGAUAGCGUUAAAGCACUUCUUGACUUUGAAUUAGAAGUGUUGGAGCCAAUCGACGCUGUGAGUGUCGACUCAUUCCGCAAAGAAGUAGAGCGCAUGUCCGAAUGCUUUGCAGGCAAAGAAUCUGAGACAAACUGGCGCCAAAGAGAAACCAAUAUAAACAAGCUCCGCAAGUUGUUACGUGGGAAUAUUGCUGAAUAUCCAGGUGAUGUUGUCUGGGCUAUAAAAGCCCUCCAAGACGGAAUUGUCAAAUGUAUAUGUUCCUUGAGAACUACCCUCACCGCUCAGGGCUGCUUUUUGAUCAAAGAUGCUAUGCAAAUCUAUCAAUCUUACAUGGACCCCGCAAUUGAACCCUUUCUCACAAAUCUGGUCAAAGUAUCCGCUGGGUCCAAAAAAAUUGCUGUCAACUACGCUCAUGUCACAAUCUGCGCUAUGAUUCUCUCGACAUCAUAUUCUUUCAAAUAUGUCUCUCAUAUUUCUGCGGUUAUGAAUGAUAAGGUGGCCGCAGCUCGGGCGCUCGCAAUGGUCUGGUUAAACUUGCUGUUUUCCAGACACAAUGCCCACUUGGUAACAGUAUGGCAGUCUCAAGGUGUAGAUACGAUCGCCGAGAGUUGUAUUGAAAAAGGCUUGACAGAUUCCUCGCCUGUGGUACGCGAGGCUAGCCGGCCAGCCUACUGGUCGUUUGCUCAGAAUUUUCCAGAUAACGCCAGGAAGCUCCUAAAUAAGUUGGAUCCUGUGCAGAAAAAAAUGCUUUUGCAAGUUCCUCGAAUGAAUACGCCUCCAGAGCCUUCUCGUCGAAGCAUUUCAGUGACUAUACCUUCUGAUACAGCUUUGGAUGCUGAGAUUCAAGCUCGAAGGAGUGUCUCUGAGCGGGUCUCUGAACGGAUAUCGGAAAGGGUUUCUGAGCAGGUCUCUGAACGUCUGGAUAUGUCGCGUGAAAGCCAGGAUCUUGAUUCUGAUGUCGCAAAGCUGAAUAUUCAGCAGGAUCUCACACCAGAUCCUGAGCUUCAAGGACAUAAUGAGGUAGAAGUCACUCCAGAUCUUGUUGAGCCGGCCGAGGUUGUAAAGCAAGGUACUGAGCUUUUGAAACGGGCCCAAGAAGACCCGCUAGUAAAAGAAACCUUGGGGGAAGUCUCAAAGCUCGUGGAGGCCACUGUUCGCGAGGCCAACGCUAAAAAGGUCAAAUCCUUUAAAGCCGAUGCCUCAGUUGCAGAGAACUCCGAGGCGGCCCCGGAAGCGACCAGUGAUGAUGCAACGGGUGCUAUCGAUGAAGCGGUUGAAGAGGUUAAAGAGAAACUGGACUGCGACCCAGAUAAGCUCAAGAACAGACUUUCCACGCUUAGUGAAAUGCUCAGUUCGGAAGAUAUAUCGACCCUCAACCAAGGACUUGAUUGUCUUUCUUAUGUCCUUCGAGGUAAAAGUGUGCCCGAAAAACUGUCUAAAGACUUGGUCAACGUUGACUUGCCCGACCCGGAUCUUAUCGGAGCAGCGCUGCAAUUAAUAUUUGAUAAAGUGGGCGAUGAAAUGGAUACCAUCGCGCCAGAGCUGAAGGAUACAGUAGCGAAGUUUGUGUCUCCUGACCUGGUAGCAGUAAGUUUGGAGUAUAUUGGGCAUGCUGUGGUGAUUUGGGCGGCAGUCAACUUUUUGCCAGCUGAAAUGGUGAUGGUGGUGUUUGAGGUCAUCAGGCCCUUGCUAGAUAUCGGAAACCUUGUUGAUGCCAUUUUUGAUGUGGUAACUGCAGAUUCGCCUGGCGAGUCUAUAACGCUAAUAUGCGGUCAGAUUCUGUUACGGCUGGAUAACGUGCCGUUGACAGACGCACUCAAAGGACGUGUUCAGCAGGUUUUGUCUUUAAUCUAUCGGUUUGGUGAUCUUGCUGAAGACGUGUCGGCCGUAAUAAGUUCAUGGAUAGGUGACGAUGACUCGAGCGACGACGACGAAGAGAAGCUAGCCAAAAAGCAGUCGCAUAAAGAUGAAAAGGUAGCAUUAGCCAAUACCAGCGGUUCGUUGCUACCAGCCAAACCAGAGACUCCGGAAAUUGCCGUUUAUUCAGAUCCGGUUAUCAUGUCUCACCAUGUGUCUGUGUCGUACGUCCCGGCCAGUGACUUGAACACGUCCAAGCCCAAACUGAAUCUUCACAAGAUCGCUUCUCCACGCAGACGCACCAAUACCAAGUGGGAUAUUGGUCCGGCGCAAUCGCUACCUGAAAGUGACGAGGAGUGUGGUAAACUCCUGGAGCUACUGGUUAGCCAAGUCGAUAACGGCACAAUUGGCAAACCUGAAUUUGUGGAGCUUGCCCUAUUAGUUUCUGAGAAACAGAAUCUACCCAAUUACCAUACAAAUGUUGAGAGACUCGAGCGGUCGAUCCUGAAAUACCUUGAAGACGACAAACACAGUGAGAACGAGCUUGCAGCUGGACUGCUGCUGGUUCGCAAAAUGUUAGAGAGAGGACAAUUUAGCACCGCUGUGGAGCGCACACUCGUUCUGCAAUGUCUGAAUAGGAUUUGUGAACGCGAAGUUAUUGCCAAACUGCACUAUGGCGCUAUUCCAGAAACACGAGACCGCCUAUUUGAGCUCACGGAUCUCGACACGCACGGCACAAUUCUCACGCUAGUUGAUCUAUACACUACUGGGUCGUGCCGGCAUUCAAGAGUGUUUGCCCUGCAGUCGCUACGAAAACUAGUGCCUCAAGCUGAGCAAGUCCCGCCGCCGCUGGGCGAGGUGGUGCAUGCCGCGCUGAGCGACGACGAUGUUUACAUCCGCAAAGAGGCGUAUCCGGUUCUGCUGCGAAUCCACCAGAAGAGUGAAAAAACAGCAGAACUGCUCAAAGCAAGAAUGAGCAGCGGACAACGAAGACUUUACGAGUUCUAUGCAGGGACGGCUUAA